UCUAAUAGGUCUCAUUGCAAUCGGGCGGGAAAAGCAAACGAGGGGGGGAGGAGAUGUCGAGCUUCUCGUUCCCGGAGCGCCCGGCGGCGGAGAUCAUCGGCGCUCUCGCCCAGGUGGGCAUCGCCGCCUUGAAGCCGGAGGACCUCGCCAAUCCCUCCGCCGACCUCGUGUGCACCCUCUACUCCAACUUCCUCGCCUUCGCCGACCCCCUCGGCGAAGAAUCGGAUAUACAGAUCGCUUUCAGUGCUCUCGAGCAUCUGGAUAACCCCGACCACCAUGUGGACGCCAUCCGGACCUUCAAUCUGUACCGCAAGAUCAAGGGCAUGCUCGGCUCCAUCCGGUUCGGCAGCUUUAAUCUUCGCGAUCUCAUCAAGCCUGAUACCAAGCGCACCCUUCAGAUCCUUAGCACCAUCGUCAACUUCAUAUAUUACAGGGAGGAGAAGCUGAACAUGCUGCAGCCUAUUGUCGAUCAAUUCCCGGCAUAUGAGGAACGAAGGGCAGAUCUCGAAGCAAAGAUCGCUGAGGUUAACAAGCUGAUUUUGGACCAUGAAGUUGCACGACAGAUGGAAGAGCCGGCAGUUCAGCAGUUGGAUGCAGAGGUCAAGGAUCUGCGACAGACUAUUCAGAAUUAUAACAAGCAGCAGAUGUCAUUGAAGACGAUGGCCAAAGCACUCAAAGAGAAGACUGAUGCUAUUAAUGACAAGAUCUCUCAAGCUGAUUUUGAGUUAGUGAAGAAUGCCCAAGAAAACUCCAAGUUGUCAUCUAAAAUUGUUCAGUCCCCUGACAAGCUACAGAGGGCACUUGAAGAGAAAAAGUCGUAUCGAACUGAGGUGAAGAACUCUGAAAGGUCAGCCAUGCAGAGCGUUCAAGAGAAAACUUCCACUUUGGAGGUGUACUCAAAGGUACAUGAUAAAUUGACCAAGCACCUAUCUCGAAUGCAGGCUAUACAAGAACAAGUAAAUUCUGCUAAAACUCUUGAGAAGGAUGUCAAAGCUUUGAAAGUUAAGUUGAGUGACGAAGGGGUUUCUAUCAUGGCUGUCGAAGCAAAAUUGAUUGAGAAGCAAGGGAAAGCUAAACAAGCUGAGGAGCUGAUCAAGGCUGCGGAAACAGAGAGGGAUGCCAGACAUGCAGAUGAAACUCAGAAGCUUAAUACUGUGAACGCAGAGAUGGAAUGGAAGCUGCAAUGCCUGGAGCCCAGGGAAAGGAAAGCUGAAGCUAUGGUUACAAAGUCUGGAGUAAUAGCAUUAUUUGUCCGACAUCUUUGUCGGUACUAUUUUUCCGAUAUGCGUAUCGGUCCCUUUGAAGUUGCUAAUGCUGAUUCGGACAAAUCUUUUCCAAUUUUGGACCUGGCACUUCUGGGUGAGUGUUGAUACAACCAAGACCAACAACUUAACCUCUAGUGUUUGAUCUGCUUGCUUGUGCUUCAGGUGGCAUGACCCUAUAAGCAAAGUUGUUAGGGUGUGCGAGGUUGUGUUGUUAUUUAUAGCAUUGGUCUUUCUGGACAACCACAUGCUUCCCUCUCAGCAUUGUUUCUCCAGUAAAAUAAGCACUUUCCAAUCUCUUGUUCCGAGCAUUGUCGAAAGCAUUAAAGGACUUUGUUAAUGAGUUGUCAUCUUGCAUAUGUAAGCUUGUGAAGACUAUGUUUACCUCUUAACACCAUGAUCUCUGAGUUAUA